AUGGAGGACAGCACGAGUGGAACUCGGAUCCCAAAAGCUUGUCUCACAUGUGCCAAGGCAAAGGUCCGGUGUGAGCCCGAGGUGGGCGGGGUCGACGGCAUCUGUAAGCGCUGUCACCGUUUAAAUAAACCAUGCGGCUUCCAAACCCCCGGCGCACAUCGCAGGAAGACCGCGCCCAGCCUGCAAAGCAGCGAAGUGUCUGCACUAGAAGCAAAGCUCGAUCGAAUGGUUGCGUUACUAGCAGCAUCAGAUCGAUCCAAAGACCUUUCCAAUGCAAGCCUUUCGCCGGGACCGGCCCCGUCGGCCCCGUGCAGCGAAGAUAUGCAUGUACCCAGCGAGCAAGAGGGGCAGAGAUUCAUCAGCAUCUUCAUUAACAAAAUGCUUCCUUUGUUUCCAUUUGUCCCCAUUCCAUCCCAGAUGACCGCGGAUCAGCUCCGUCGAGAGAAGCCGUUUCUCUACCGCAACAUUGUGAUGGUCGCUAGCCAAGAUGCGCAACGUCACCGCCAGAGUGCGCAAUCCAUCAUGCAGCACGUGGCCGAGCACAUUGUUCUACGGGGUGAGCAUAAUAUUGACCUUCUCCAAGGUCUCCUCGUUCAUAUUGCGUGGUAUAUCACCAUCUCGCGCCUGCCACGCCCCAGCUUGGAUGCGUCCUCGGAAAAUGACUUUGGAGCAAAGCCAUUCCGCAAAAUUAGCAGUCAGCUGGAUGUUCUGUUACAUCUCGCUACAGCUCAACUGUCAAGUCUAAACCUGAAUCAAUCGGUGGCCUCCCUCCGAAACCUGAACAGACCCUUGUCAUACAUGAAAGCUGUCGACCUCCACCCAAAUCAAAUCCCCGAGCGGACGUUGGAAGAGCGACGUGCGUAUCUGGGCUGCUACUACGUGUCGGUUAUUCUGUCUCUUUGCGUGAGAGAAGUAGACACGCCGAGGUUUUCCAGAUACACCGACGAAUGUUGUGAAGCAUUGCAGGAGGCCUUGGAGUACCCGACCGACGCUUUCUUGGUUCACCUGGUCAAAAUAAUGCGACUUGGACAAAAGAUACACUAUACGGUCUCUGCGAAUGAAAUGACAUACCCCGUGACCCUGGACCCCUUCCUGGGAAUGACGAUCAAAUCCUACCAAGCAGAGCUGCAAGAGCUGCGGUCGGCUUACGCACCUGACCAUCCCGGCUCAGAGAUGAUCUUGUACCGAGUUGCACUGGGGAUCAACCCAGCAUCCGCAUGUGCAGAUCUCCCUGUUACCCAACUGGAUCUUCUCUUUAACCUACUCGAAGCCAACAAAACAUUCUUCUUGAACUUCUACUCUAUCCCCUCAAGUCUCCUGCCCAUCUUGCCGUUCACAGUGUAUUGCCAGUUUGGCGUAUCGAUGAUGACCCUUUCCCGACUGAUCCUCUACGAGGGCGAGCGAGUCGGAUGGGACCCAGACUAUACGCGACGGACGGUUGAUUUCGACUCGACCGCGGACGUGAUCCUACAGAAACUAGAUGAAGCGCGGGCUUUCCUAUCAAGCGAUGUCGCCGAGCGGCCUGAGAUCUUUCACAGACUCGUCACCCGGAUGCAGGUGAUGAAGGAUCUGCAUCGGAAAAGACUCGAGGCGCAGGCCAAGGCGAACUUGGAAGCUCCCCAGGAGCCUCUCGAUUUCAGCUUCAUUUUCAACUUACCCACGGACGCCUUCUUCCCUUAUGGCGACUAUGCUACGGCAAGUGCCUUACCGGAAGCGCCGAAUUAUUAUUGA